GAGCAGCAAUUAGCAGGGACGCAAUAACUAUUUAUGCCAAAUUAAUUUGCUCUUUUAUAAAACAUAGGACAACCAAUAGCUUUUGAAUCUCACACUUACUAAUUAGGGGUCUUUCUUCCGUAUGCAACGGAUACUAGGAGGCGAAAGUUGAAUGGAAACUCGCAAGAAAUGGUUUUGUUUUCUAAUCAAAGUAGAACAAGGAAGGGUUUCAUUUUCACUAUGACCCGAGGAACAGUUAUAUAAGCACAAAUAUGCACGUUUACAAUUGGGCUGAUCGCCUUUUAAUUGCAAAAGGCAACCGCUUUCCGGUUUAUUAUAAGAUCUGACAGGAUGCCGCGGUCGUUUCUAGUCAAGCAGCAAAAAAGUCAAGAAAUCGAGGAAGCCUUAAUCAAUUCACGAGGUAUGGAGCAGGCGGACCAGCCAACUAGAUUACCUCCACCCCUGCUGAAAUUUCCUCGCGCCACCACCCCCCUGAAAAGCUCCGCUCCUCAAUAUGCAAGCGCCUUUCCGGGGGUUCCCGUCAGAGUUGGGCGCAUUCAUGUUCCGAAAGAUGCUGACACAAAAUCUGAUAGCGUGGAGUACUCUUUCAGGGAAUGUUCUGGUCAUUCUGAUGAUCUAAAGGAAGAUUGGAUUGGAUAUACUCGGAGUUUGUUCCACCCGAUGUGCCGUGAUUUACGAGAAUUCUUUUACACAGACCCGUACUCGUCAAUGGGAUACAGAAACUCGCCAUACAGAGAAUACGUCGCUUAUCCUGAUGUAAUGCGCAUGUUCCCCGCAAGUCGAAUGCUGGCAGAGCGGGCUCAGAAUCUGGAGAUGUUCUAUUCGGCGAAUGAUCCGCGGUUUUCGCCACAGCACAUGCGUGAAACUGCUAUAAUACCACCGCUGGACGCAGCAUUGAGCAUGCAGGAAGUUAUACCGGAGAUAGUCAAGAAAGAACCGGGAAUGGAAAAUGAUAAUGAAAAAAAUGGUCGAAUCAAACCGGAAAUGAGUGAUACAAAGUCAGAUGAAACCAAAACGUCCGCAGGACAGGAGGUUUCGAAGGCUACCAUGACGACCGACGCAAACGGAAGUGACGUAGCAAAGAAACCAACAUCAAGCGCAAGCCGGAAGUAUCGCUACACAUGCGACGUAUGCUUGAAGUCUUUCAGUCGCUCGAACACGCUGAUCACGCACAAACGGAUUCAUACAGGGGACAAGCCGUUCAAUUGUGAUCAAUGUGGGAGAGCGUUUCGUCAGCCUGGUAACCUGACGCGUCAUAAGCUGACACACACUACCGUUAAACCGUAUGUGUGCCCACAGUGCAACAAGGCUUUCAACCGAGCGUCCAACCUCCACACUCAUAUGCGCACGCAUACAAAUUACAAGCCGUUCGUGUGUGACUUUUGUAAAAAAGGCUUCCAUCAGAAAAUCGACAUGAAGAUUCACCGCUAUACCCACACAGGCGAAAAGCCGCAUAAAUGCCAGAAGUGCGGGCGCGGCUUUAAGCAGCUGACACACCUAACUUACCACAUGCGCACGCACGCUGAAACGAGGCUCUACAAGUGCACCAUCUGUGGCAAGGGCUUCAACCAAAAGGGAAACCUACAAGCCCACAUAUAUGGGCAUACGGGGGAACGUCCCUUCAAAUGCGAAAUUUGUGGCAAGGGAUUCACGCUAGCGUCUACACUAAACACACACAAGCGUACACAUGCCAUGAAGAAGCCAUUUGAGUGCCAAGUUUGUGGAAAGUCCUUUUAUCAGAAGAAUGCAUUAAAAACCCAUUAUAUAUCCUCACAUCCAUUUGCUAAUGGUGUUAGCUUGCUAUAGAGAUCAGGAAUGUCUUAGGGAGUGUCCAUUAAAUACCCUGAAAGGAGGGGGGAGGACUCAGGACACCUCAACCCUCAUUUCAAGAAAUGUUUUGUGACGACUCCCCCCCCUUACUUUAUGGCUGAAUGUCACUAAGAAGAGCGGAGUGACACAAUUCUAGAUUCGCACUUAAUACCACAAGAUGGUUCUCACUUGUGUUUGCGUCUUAGUGAGGAUCUGCAACUAACAAACAAUAUCGAAUGACACAAAUUACCAUCGAGUGACACAAAUUACCAUCGAGUGACACAAAUUACCAUCGAGUGACACAAAUUACCAUCGAGUGACACAAAUUACCAUCGAGUGAUAUAAAUUACCAUCGAGUGACACAAAUUACCAUCGAGUGACACAAAUUACCAUCGAGUGAUAUAAAUUACCAUCGAGUGACACAAAUUACCAUCGAGUGAUAUACAUUACCAUCGAGUGACACAAAUUACCAUCGAGUUAUAUAAAUUACCAUCGAGUGACACAAAUUACCAUCGAGUGACACAAAUUACCAUCGAGUGAUAUAAAUUACCCUCGAGUGACACAAAUUACCAUCGAGUGAUAUAAAUUACCAUGGAGUGAUAUAAAUUACCAUCGAGUGACACAAAUUACCAUUCCAUCGGCAUAUUUAAGCAGGUAGUUGAAUGUACUUCCAAUUCAAUGUUGUUAAAUAAAUUUAAUAAAGGAUCAGACUUCAA